GACGCAACUUACUUAGAAAAGCACUAGACGCCAGCAUUGGUCAAUACUUUAGUUUAUAUGAGUGUAGAAGGUUUACAUGCUAUUGAAUUAGCAGCACAUACAUUAUUAAGUGGAUCACUAGAUAAUCUCAACGAGAACUUUGAUCUGUUGAAUCAAUCACAAGUUAUAAUUUUAACACGACUUAAAAUCAUUGAGAAACGAUUGCUGGACUAUAAGCAAAUAUUAGAAGAUAAUAAUAUCAACGAAAGGGAAUUAAGUGACCGAUUUACCAAAAUAAAAGAAUUACGUAAAAGGUUGGAUGUUUGCAUAAAGACCCUUGAACGAGUGGAACAAAGAGUUGAUCGGAUGAAUACAAAAUUAGAUAGCAAUUAAACUCUCUAUUUAUAUGCAUUUUGGUUAUACUUAGAAAAAGUUGAUGAAUUUGUAAGGGAAUCCCAUCCCUUUCAAUCCAAAAAUGGCCAAGAUCAAACUAAAGAGAAGGAAAAUCAAGGUACUAACAACAGAUACUAAAAUGAGGGCAACAGUAUCAUGUUUAAUUUCCGGCACUUUUUUAAUCAAUACCACCACCAAUAAUCCUAAGGCACCAUAAAUGAAGGACAUGAUUUGAGUUUCCACACCCAAUUGAUUUUGUUGACCCUUGGUGAAAUAGUCAACCUUACCAUUGUCAUGGUCGAUAACGUAUGGGGUACCUCUAAUUUGAUUAAACAUAUAGCCAGUAAUAAAGAAUAAAGUAGCAAUUAUGGAUAACACGCUCCAAGGAAUUCUAGAUCUAAGUACUGCAAAAAUAUUCUUAUGGAAUUUCUUAAUAACAAUUAAACUUGAUACAACCCAAACCACAUUAGUUAUCACCUUUGUUUUAUCAAUAGGUAUAUGUAAGUUGUAAUGGUGUCCUGUUAACACACUGAGCCAUUGAAUCAUCAAACUCUUGUGAUCACCUUGAAAGAAUUGAUAUUCAAGUUUUUCACUCUGGUAGUUGUUAGGACCUGCUUUAUCUGAAGGUUUGAAAUAGAAAAUCUUUGGAAUACUAUUCAAUUGGAAAGUUCCAAACAAGUUCUUUGAUUCCAAAUAUUCUGCUUUGAAGAAAUAAACAUUCUUUGGUGCAAUAUCCUUGCCUUCAGGGUCAAAGUCAGUGAUACCUUCUGGGUGGUCUUGGUACCAAGAAUUGGCAACUAAUUCAAAUUCCGGGCCAAUCUCACGACACAAAACACAGUUGAUAUGUGAUGAUUCUGAAGUAAACAUUGCCACAAUAUGAUAGUCUCGUGGUCCAUUUAAAAUUGCUUCGUAAUUUUCAUCAUUCAAAUUCAAGAGUUUAUUCUUGUUAUUCUUGACAAUAUUAAGCAAUUGAUCGUCAGUAAGACCACCGAGUACAAGUGUCCAUAACGCAGACACCACUAGGAAUAAUUGAAGAUGCAUUCUCAUAGUAGUUUAACUUGAUGUAAUAAACAACCUAGGUUUGAUC